GGUAUCCGCCCACUUCGGCUCACCGGCGGCUAUUUCUCCUCCUGUUAGCACUGCAAGCUGCUGAAUUUCAUUCUAUUCUAUUCUAUUCUAUUCUAUUGUCUCUGUUCGCCAUAUCACUGCUAUUCUCCACCUGUGUGUGAGUCGUUGUGAAGGAGGCGAUGAAAAAUUAUCUGAAGCAAAUGUGAAAGUGAAACUAUAUUCAAGUUCAACAGUGAGAGAGAACUUCAGGGUUUCCUGUCAACAAGAUGGAGACCAUGUCAGCUGAUGAGCAGUUCUUCAUGGAGUAUCGGCUUCUGGAGAUUUAUCAUAAAAGGAAGUCAAGAUCAAGCACAAAGUCCAAAUACACAAUCGUCAGUCCAGGUCCAGCCCUGCAGUCAAGACAACCCUUUAGGGCAGCUAAAAUCAAUGAUGGCCAUCCAGUCCUGUUUUCUGCAAAGACUGAUGCAUUUGAUCAAGUGGCUGCUAAGCUGACUGACAUUGUAGACAGUGUACCUCCUACUCAGGAUCAAGUUGAAACAGACAGUGGAUCAGGCGUCAUCCAGCGGCUUGUAGAGUUAUUGAAAGAAUAUGGGGACCAAGUGAACGAAAAGAUUCAGAAUGAUGAACAACUUUUAAGACAUCUCCAAGGCUCCUUCUCCUACAACCUGUUUGAAAAACUGGCCUCAGCCUUCAUUCAAAGCAUAGUGCCCCAAGGCAAGGCAGAAGAAAGGCAGAGAGAAGAGGUUGAUCAGAAAAUAAAAAUCGCUUGGACCUUUGAGAUGACCAGCAGGCUGAGUACUUUGGACCUGCAGCCUAUGAACAGAGCAAUGGGAUUUGGAGCCAAGUAUGUGCACCAACAUUUUGCACCAUGGAUUCAGCAACAUGGUGGCUGGGAGAAUGCUUUUAAAAUUCAUGAUGAUGAUGAGGUGCAGUGAAAAGACACUGGCUCCUUUUUCCAACAAAGAAGUAUCAGUUCGCCCACACCCAUCCCCUGAAUAAACAACUUUGUGAUAUCCAAAUGAAAGAUCCCUGGGGGUUUUUCUGACAACCUUUGAAUUUCACAGAAAUAUAAGAAUGGUUUGCCUUACUUUUGUUUGUAUGUCUCAUCUCAUCUCAUCUCAUCAUCUCUAGCUGCUUUAUCCUUCUACAGGGUCGCAGGCAAGCUGGAGCCUAUCCCAGCUGACUACGGGCGAAAGGCAGGGUACACCCUCAACAAGUCGCCAGGUCAUCACAGGGCCGACACAUAGACACAGACAACCAUUCACACUCACAUUCACACCUACGGUCAAUUUAGAGUCACCAGUUAACCUAACCUGCAUGUCUUUGGA